AUGCAUACAUCUGUCAUUAAACUGAGCCUCCUGGAUGAACUCCUGUGUCAGCAAGGAGCCCCACUGCAGUUGCUGACUCCAAAGAUGUUAGUGGAUGACAGAUGUGUGGUGCAGCCAGAUGCAGGUGACCUUGCCAACCCCCCGAAGAAGUUCAGAGAUUGCCUUUUCAAGGUGUGUCCUAUGAACAGAUAUUCUGCACAGAAGCAGUACUGGAAAGCCAAACAAGCCAAACAAGGAAACCAUACAGAAGCAGCUUUGCUUAAGAAACUACAGCAUGCAGCAGAACUGGAACAGAAGCAGAAUGAAUGUGAGAACAGAAAGUUGUUGGGUGACAUCGUAAAAUAUAGCAAUGUCAUACAGCUGCUGCACAUAAAAAGCAACAAAUAUCUCACUGUCAAUAAGAGGUUACCAGCUCUCUUGGAGAAGAAUGCUAUGCGGGUGUCUCUGGAUGCUGCAGGGAAUGAGGGGUCCUGGUUUUACAUCCAACCGUUUUGGAAGCUGAGGAGUGAAGGUGACAAUAUAGUUGUGGGAGACAAAGUGGUGCUGAUGCCAGUCAACGCAGGACAGCCUCUCCAUGCCAGCAAUAUAGAGCUUCUAGAUAAUCCAGGCUGCAAAGAGGUAAAUGCUGUUAAUUGCAACACAAGCUGGAAAAUAACUUUAUUCAUGAAAUACAGUUGCUACCGAGAAGACGUUCUUAAAGGAGGGGACGUUGUUAGACUGUUCCACGCAGAGCAAGAGAAGUUUCUGACCUGUGAUGAAUAUGAGAAGAAGCAACAUAUCUUCCUUCGCACAACAUUGCGCCAGUCAGCCACUUCUGCAACAAGUUCUAAAGCACUAUGGGAAAUAGAGGUUGUACAUCAUGAUCCGUGCCGUGGAGGGGCAGGACAAUGGAAUAGCCUGUUCAGAUUUAAACAUCUAGCAACUGGAAACUACUUAGCUGCAGAGCUUAAUCCACAUUAUCCAGAUGGCAGUGCUGAAGGAAAGGUCAUGAGAGACGGUGACCUUCCUGCUUCAAAGAAGAAACGCCAGGCAGGGGAGAAGAUUAUGUAUACUUUGGUCUCUGUACCACAUGGAAAUGACAUCGCAUCUCUCUUUGAACUAGAUGCCACCACUCUUCAGAGAGCUGAUUGCCUGGUUCCAAGGAACUCUUAUGUCCGGUUGAGGCACCUAUGCACUAAUACUUGGGUGACCAGCACUAGUAUUCCUAUCGAUACUGAGGAAGAGAGGCCAGUGAUGUUGAAGAUUGGGACUUGCCAAACAAAAGAAGACAAGGAAGCUUUUGCCAUCGUGUCAGUUCCCCUAUCUGAGGUCAGAGACUUGGAUUUUGCCAAUGAUGCCAACAAAGUUUUAGCAUCCACUGUUAAAAAGCUGGAGAAUGGAACAAUAACACAAAAUGAAAGGAGGUUUGUAACCAAACUGUUAGAAGAUCUCAUUUUCUUUGUUGCUGAUGUGCCUAAUAAUGGACAGGAAGUUCUGGAUGUGUUGAUCACCAAGCCAAACCGGGAAAGACAAAAACUAAUGAGGGAACAAAAUAUAUUGGCCCAGAUAUUUGGGAUCCUCAAAGCUCCGUUUAAGGACAAAGGAGGAGAGGGAUCAAUGUUGAGACUUGAAGAUCUAGGAGACCAGAGAUAUGCUCCCUACAAAUACAUGUUAAGACUAUGUUACAGAGUCAUCAGACAUUCCCAGCAGGAUUAUAGGAAAAACCAGGAAUAUAUUGCUAAGAACUUCUGCAUCAUGCAGUCCCAGAUAGGCUAUGAUAUCCUGGCAGAAGACACUAUCACAGCUUUGUUGCACAACAACAGAAAACUACUUGAGAAACACAUCACAUCUAAAGAAAUAGAGACGUUUGUUAACUUACUCAGGAGAAAUAGAGAACCAAGAUUCUUGGAUUAUCUAUCAGACCUGUGUGUUUCUAAUACAACUGCCAUACCAGUAACUCAAGAACUCAUCUGUAAAUUUAUGCUGAGUCCAGGAAAUGCUGACAUUCUUAUCCAAACCAAGCUGGUUUCAAUGCAAAUAGACAAUCCCUUGGAAUGCUCCAUCAUCCCAGAUGAUAUUGAUGAGGAAGAGGUCUGGCUCUACUGGAUUGACAGCAAUAAGGAACCACAUGGCAAAGCUAUCAGGCAUCUGGCCCAGGAGGCUAAGGAAGGCACAAAGGCUGAUCUCGAAGUGCUCACCUAUUACAGGUACCAAUUAAACCUCUUUGCAAGGAUGUGCCUGGACCGUCAGUAUCUAGCCAUAAAUCAGAUUUCAACUCAGCUCUCAGUGGACUUGAUCCUACGGUGUAUGUCCGAUGAAAGCCUCCCUUAUGACCUCCGGGCUUCUUUUUGCCGUCUUAUGCUGCACAUGCACGUUGACAGAGAUCCUCAGGAGUCAGUAGUACCCGUUCGAUAUGCUAGACUGUGGACUGAAAUUCCUACCAAGAUCACCAUCCAUGAGUAUGAUUCUUUCACAGACUCCUCGAGAAAUGACAUGAAGAGGAAAUUUGCUUUGACUAUGGAAUUUGUAGAAGACUACUUGAGAGAAGUUGUAAAUCAGCCAUUUCCUUUUGGGGACAAAGAGAAAAACAAACUUACAUUUGAGGUAGUGCAUCUGGCUCGAAAUCUCAUAUACUUUGGCUUUUAUAGUUUUAGUGAGCUGCUCAGACUGACCAGGACACUGCUGGCUAUCCUAGAUAUUGUCCAGGGUCCUUUAUCAUCAUACUUGGAAAAAUUAAGCAAAUUUCAGGAUGGAGGAAACAAUGUUAUGAGGACCAUCCAUGGUGUGGGAGAGAUGAUGACGCAAAUGGUACUGAGCAGAGGAUCUAUCUUUCCCAUCAACAUACCUGAUGUACAGCCAAGCCUCCACCCAAGCAAGCAGGCCAGCACCAUAGAGAGCGAAGAUGUGACUGUGAUGGACACCAAAUUAAAAAUCAUUGAGAUUUUACAGUUUAUCCUUAGUGUGAGACUGGACUAUAGAAUCUCCUACAUGCUCUCUAUCUAUAAAAAAGAAUUUGGAGAUGAUGGCGAGACAAUUGAUAGUUCCACCAUCGCUUCACCGGACUCACCAGGGCUUGCCUCAGCAAUUGUUCCUGACAUAGAUGAGAUUGCAGCUCGGGCUGAGACAAUGUUUGCUGGCAGAAAAGAGAAAAAUCCAGUUCAGCUUGAUGAUGAGGGGGGCAGAACAUUUCUACGAGUCCUCAUUCACCUGAUCAUGCAUGACUACCCUCCUUUGCUGUCAGGGGCCCUCCAGCUGCUAUUUAAGCACUUCAGCCAAAGAGCAGAAGUUUUGCAAGCAUUUAAACAGGUCCAGUUACUGGUGUCUAAUCAGGAUGUGGACAACUACAAGCAAAUCAAAGCUGAUCUUGACCAGCUCCGACUGACUGUAGAAAAAUCUGAACUGUGGGUUGAAAAGAGCAACAGCUACGAGAGUGGGGAGCUAGGUGACAGUCAGGCGAAAGGGGGUGAAGAACCAAUCGAGGAACCGAAUAUUUUAAGCCCAGUACAGGAUGGGACCAAAAACCCUCAGAUUGACAGCAAUAAGAGCAAUAAUUACAACAUUGUUAAGGAGAUUUUGAUCAGACUCAGCAAACUCUGCGUUCAAAAUAAAAAAUGUCGGAAUCAGCAGCAGCGAUUGCUGAAAAAUAUGGGAGCUCACUCAGUGGUACUGGAUCUUCUGCAGAUACCUUAUGAAAAGACCGACGAAAAGAUGAAUGAAGUUAUGAAUCUAGCCCACACUUUCCUUCAGAAUUUCUGUCGAGGAAAUCCUCAGAAUCAAGUUCUCCUCCACAAAAACCUCAAUUUGUUUUUAACUCCUGGUUUGCUUGAAGCUGAAACCAUGCGGCACAUCUUUAUGAACAAUUACCAUCUGUGCAAUGAAAUCAGCGAGAGAGCAGUGCAGCACUUCGUACACUGUAUAGAGACACAUGGCCGACACGUGGAGUACCUGCGUUUUCUGCAGACAAUUGUAAAAGCAGAUGGCAAAUAUGUGAAGAAAUGCCAGGAUAUGGUAAUGACAGAGCUGGUAAAUGGAGGUGAAGAUGUGUUGAUAUUUUACAAUGAUAGAGCAUCAUUUCCAGUUCUCCUGCAAAUGAUGUGCUCUGAGCGAGACCGAGCAGAUGAGAGUGGACCCUUAGCCUACCACGUCACGCUUGUGGAACUGCUAGCAGCAUGCACGGAAGGGAAGAAUGUAUACACGGAGAUCAAGUGCAAUUCACUCCUGCCACUGGAUGACAUUGUGAGAGUGGUAACCCAUGAUGACUGCAUACCAGAGGUGAAGAUUGCAUAUGUGAACUUUGUUAAUCACUGUUAUGUGGACACUGAGGUGGAAAUGAAGGAAAUCUAUGCUAGUAACCACAUUUGGAAAUUAUUUGAGAACUUCCUUGUUGAUAUGGCAAGGGUUUGCAACACAACUACAGACCGGAAACAUGCAGAUAUAUCUCUGGAGAAGUAUGUCACUGAACCAGUAAUGAACAUUGUGAGUGGCUUCUUCAGUUCUCCAUUUUCAGAUAACAGCACUAGCCUCCAGACACAUCAGCCAGUCUUUAUUCAGCUGCUUCAGUCUGCUUUCAGAAUUUACAACUGUACCUGGCCAAACCCAACGCAGAAAGCCUCAGUGGAGUCAUGUAUCAAAACUUUGGCGGAAGUGGCAAAGAACCGUGGGAUAGCAAUUCCGGUGGAUUUAGACAGCCAGGUAAAUACCCUCUUCAUGAAGAGCCAUUCCAACAUGGUGCAGAGAGCGGCCUUGGGAUGGAGAAUGUCUGCCCGCAGUGGACCUCGUUUUAAAGAAGCACUAGGAGGCCCUGCCUGGGAUUACAGGAAUAUCAUUGAAAAACUGCAGGAUGUAGUCUCUGCCUUGGAGCAGCAGUUCACUCCCAUGAUGCAGGCUGAAUUCUCAGUGUUGGUUGAUGUAUUGCAUAGUCCUGAACGUCUUUUUCCUGAAGGCAGUGAUGCAAGAAUAAGAUGUGGUGCUUUCUUGUUCAAGUUGAUUAAUCACACAAAGAAGCUAAUGGAGAAAGAAGAAAAACUCUGCAUUAAAAUUCUUCAGACGUUACGAGAAAUGCUUGAGAAGAAAGACAGCUUUGUGGAAGAGGGCAACACUUUAAGGAAAAUACUUCUAAAUCGUUACUUUAAAGGAGACUAUGGAAGUGGCAUGAAUGGGCCUCUUUCCGGUACCUACAGCAAAACUGCGCAAGUGGGAGGUGGCUUUUCAGGACAAGAUUCAGAUAAGUCUGCAAUAUUGAUGUCUGAUAUUCAGUGCCUUCUGGAUAAAGAAGGUGCAUCGGAACUAGUCAUAGAUGUUAUCGUAAGCACCAAAAAUGACAGAAUUUUCUCAGAAGCUAUCCUACUUGGUAUUGCAUUGCUUGAAGGUGGAAAUACACAAACACAGUAUUCCACUUACCAGCAAUUGAACGAGCAAAAAAAGUCGGAAAAAUUCUUUAAAGUUCUACAUGACCGCAUGAAAACUGCUCAGCAGACAGUCAACACUAUUGAUUUGGGUAGCAAGAAAAAGGAUGAUGAUAGUGACCUAAUUAUAUCUGCUCCAAAAAGGCGAGUAAGGGAUUCAACACUGCACCUGAAACAGGGUAUGAAGGGGCAAUUAACAGAAGCAUCUUCUGCAACAUCCAAAGCUUACUCUGUGUAUAGAAGAGAAAUGGACCCAGAAAUAGAUCUUAUGGGCUCAGGAGCAGAUGCUGCAAAUACAGAAGAAAAGUCCACAGAGGAAGCAAUAAUGAGCCCUGCUAUAACAAUCAUGCAGCCGAUACUGAGAUUUCUUCAGUUGCUAUGUGAGAACCACAACCGAGAGCUCCAGACCUUCUUAAGAAAUCAGAACAACAAAACAAAUUACAACCUAGUGUGUGAGACUCUGCAGUUUUUGGACUGUAUUUGUGGAAGUACAACAGGAGGCCUGGGCCUGUUGGGGCUAUACAUCAAUGAGAAGAACGUAGCCCUGGUGAACCAAACCCUUGAGAGCUUGACUGAAUACUGCCAAGGCCCAUGUCAUGAAAAUCAGACCUGCAUUGCUACCCAUGAGUCUAAUGGAAUUGAUAUUAUAAUUGCACUGAUCCUGAAUGACAUAAACCCUCUUGGCAAAUAUUGCAUGGACCUGGUGCUUCAGCUAAAGAACAAUGCCUCCAAGCUUUUGCUGGCUAUUAUGGAAAGCAGGCAUGAUAGUGAGAAUGCAGAAAGGAUCCUUUUUAAUAUGAGACCAAGGGAACUGGUGGACGUAAUGAAGAACGCAUACAAUCAGGCUUUAGAAUGUGAGGAACAGGAGGAGAAUGGAGAUAAUAUUUCACCAAAAGAUGUUGGUCACAAUAUAUACAUAUUGGCACAUCAGUUGGCUCGGCACAAUAAAACACUGCAGCAGAUGCUGAAGCCAGGGUCUGAUCCAGAUGACGGAGGAGAUGAAGCCUUGAAGUACUAUGCCAAUCACACAGCACAGAUUGAGAUUGUCCGUCAUGAUAGAACUAUGGAACAAAUAGUCUUCCCUGUCCCCAAUAUCUGUGAAUUCCUCACUCGAGAAUCCAAAAGUCGGGUAUUUAAUACCACAGAGAGAGAUGAACAAGGGAGCAAAGUGAAUGACUUUUUCCAACAGACAGAAGAUUUGUACAAUGAAAUGAAGUGGCAGAAGAAAAUUAGGAAUAACCUAGCCCUGUUCUGGUUCUCUAGACACAUCUCUCUCUGGGGAAGCAUUUCCUUCAACUUGGCUGUGUUCAUCAAUUUAGCAGUUGCUCUCUUCUACCCCUUUGGAGAUGAUGGAGAUGAAGGCACACUUUCUCCAUUGUUCUCAGUCCUCCUUUGGAUAGCAGUGGCAGUCUGUACAGCUAUGCUGUUCUUCUUCUCCAAGCCUGUUGGUAUCCGACCCUUUUUAGUGUCUGUAAUUCUCAGGUCUAUAUACACAAUAGGGCUUGGGCCUACAUUGAUACUUCUUGGUGCUGCUAAUCUUUGUAACAAAAUAGUAUUUCUGGUGAGCUUUGUUGGAAACCGCGGAACGUUCACUCGAGGUUACAGAGCAGUCAUUAUGGACAUGGCCUUUCUCUACCAUGUAGCAUACGUCCUGGUCUGCAUGCUGGGCCUCUGUGUGCAUGAAUUCUUCUAUAGUUUCCUGCUGUUCGAUUUGGUGUACAGGGAGGAGACUUUGCUCAAUGUCAUCAAAAGUGUUACCCGAAAUGGCCGCUCCAUUAUCCUUACUGCUGUGCUGGCUCUCAUCUUGGUUUACCUUUUCUCCAUUAUUGGGUUCCUGUUCUUGAAAGAUGACUUCAUCAUGGAGGUGGAGCGAUUAAAAAACAGAACAUCUAUUGCAGGUAACGGCGAAGCUCCUACCACAACUCUAACGUCAAUGAUGGAAACAUGUGCAAAAGAAAAUUGUUCCACUGCGCUACCUAUUACCAACCUAGGUAAAGAAGAAAAGGAGAAUGGAACUGAGAGGACCUGUGACACUCUGCUAAUGUGCAUCGUUACAGUGUUAAACCAAGGCCUGAGAAAUGGCGGUGGUGUGGGGGAUGUGCUAAGAAAACCUUCCAAAGACGAGCCCUUGUUUGCUGCCCGAGUUGUUUAUGAUCUUCUAUUUUAUUUCAUUGUCAUAAUUAUUGUUCUGAACCUCAUGGGGGGGGUUAUAAUAAACAGUUUUGCUCAUGACUUGAAUUUCAAUCCUGCUGCGGAUAAAAGUUGAUUGAGUGCUUUUGUGUUUUUUGCAGGACUGGAGCGGGACAAGUUUGAUAAUAAGACUGUUUCAUUUGAGGAGCAUAUAAAGUCAGAACACAACAUGUGGCAUUAUUUGUACUUUAUCGUCCUAGUCAAAGUGAAAGACCCAACCGAAUACACUGGUCCUGAAAGUUACGUGGCUCAAAUGAUUGUGGAGAAGAAUUUGGACUGGUUCCCUCGCAUGCGAGCCAUGUCCCUGGUUAGCAACGAAGGGGACAAUGAGCAAAAUGAAAUUAGAAACCUGCAAGAGAAGUUGGAGUCAACCAUGAGCCUUGUAAAACAGCUCUCCGGUCAGCUUGCUGAGCUCAAGGAACAGAUGACAGAACAAAGAAAAAAUAAGCAGAGGCUGGGCUUUCUUGGAUCAAACACGCCCCAUGGGAAUCAUCACAUGCCACCACACUGAUACCAGGGGGAGAAGUCGAGAAGCUGUGACUAGCCUUUCAUCAGUAUUCCUGCUUGAUUACAGAAUAAAAGGCAGAUAUCCAGAGGAGUGAACAGUGCCUAUUGUUAAAGUUAAAAACAACCAAGUGCCAAGAUGUUAAGUGGUUUAGCUCUGGGAACAAUUUGUAACUGUUUUUCCACGGUUAAAGGGACCACAACCCAGAAUGCAAGAAAGACAAGGGAGCUCUUCUGUAUUCAUUCUACGGACCAAACUCCACUGGGUUUACACUCUGCCACUCAGUCGACUUCAGCGAGGACUGUAUAAAAUGCAAGUCAGGGCUGUAUUUCUUAAAGCUAAUUUAAGAUUUCUCCUCAAAGUAAUGGAAUAACCAAGGUGCUGGGGAGGAGGUAUAGUUUAAUACCACAAAUGUAACAGCCUUCUUCAGACUCAGUAGAAAUUGUUUCUUGUUUUAUUUACGAAAUAGCAACAUUUCUUGUAUUUGCUUGCAUUCUUUAAUAUUACCAUAAAUACAUCAGCGGGAGCAGUUAUAACAUUACUGCAAGUUAACAUCUGCUAGAGGCAAAAAAUCAGCAACAACAACAACAAAACAAAAACCCUACGCUCAGACUAAAAAAAGCAGCAAGGAGAAACAUUUGUGCUUUUGAAUUUUAACUGUCAUCAUGCAAUUUCUUAUUUAUGACAUGGAACACAAUGGAGUUACAGUUGUGGGAACUUAGAAUUAAUGCAUAGAAGAACACUGACAACGUAACUGAAAGCGAUUUUUCUCCUGGAGUCAGAUGUUCUCUGUUAACGAAGUUGCAAGUGGAGAUUUCACAUAUUGUAAUGUUAAAUCAUGUUUUAAAUUCAAGCUCUAAAAAGGAUUUAGAAUAAAUGUGUUUUAAAAUCUGUAUUGAGGGGACUAACAAAAAAACAGCUUAAAAAUGACUGUCUACAAGGAAUUGUCACUACUUACCAUAAGCACAGGGUAGGCACUGUUUGAAACAAGUAUAUCAGGGCCAUAUCCUGCUGUGUAUACUCAGUCCUACUUUCAGGGGGAAAGCUGUCUGAGUUAAAGAUCUGUUCCUGCUUGCUCUUCAGGCAUGGAACUCUCAAUGAUCUUAUCGGCCAGGCUCUUAAAGCUAAUUUUGUUGGAUUGGGCCCUAAAAGCAGGACUGCAGUGUCCUGCCGGACACUUGUACUUUUUCCGCCGUAUCAUUCUGACUGUUCAAAAAGAAAGUCACAGAGUUAGUUCAACUCCACGAGACUUUUAGCUUUGGGGAGAGGUUUUCAAGGUACAAAUGAGAGUUGGGAACUUAAAUCCCUUUGAAAAUCAAUAGGAGUUAGGCUCCAACUGCCCUUUGUCCCUUUGAAAAGUCUCCUCUUUCGUUUUUAUGAGUAAGGUAUUUAGCAGGUAUCAGUAAGGGAUUUUAAGAGGCAUUCAUUAGAGCUGUUUGUGAAAUCAUUCUCUCUCCCCACCCCGAAAAAUUUCAGAGGGAAAAAAGGAAAAAUUAAAGAAUGAAUGUUAAAAGGCAAGUUUUCAAUCACUGAAAAAAACUUAAGUUUUUUACCCAACAAGUCUCAGUUUUUAAAAGCAGAAAUUGUUUUUUUCAGAGGAUUUAAUUAAAAAAAAAAAUUUAUGUCAAAAAGUGAGAUCAAUUUUUAACUAGCAUCAAUAUACACUUUACAAAAUGGUAAUGUUACUGUUUAUAAAAGCAAGUCAGGUGAGAAGUGGCAGGACUGGGGAAAAAAAAAA